UGGUUCGAGUGCACGUAGUGCACUGUGGGACAGCGGAGGAGUUAGAUGAGCUCAGCCACCUAAGAGAGAUGGAUGUGUUUCUGAUGAUCCGGCGUCACAAGACGACCAUCUUCACCGAUGCCAAGGAGUCGACCACUGUCUAUGAGCUGAAGCGCAUUGUGGAGGGCAUCCUCAAAAGAGCACCAGAGGACCAGAGACUUUACAAGGAUGACCAAUUGCUUGAAGAUAGUAAGACUCUAGGAGACUGUGGGUUCACUAAUCAGACAGCAAGACCCCAGGCCCCAGCCACUGUUGGACUGGCUUUUCGCAUUAAUGAUGACGUGUUCGAGCAGCUGCGUGUGGAGCCCUUCUCCAGCCCCCCUGAGCUCCCUGAUGUCAUGAAGCCCCAGGACUCCGGCAGCACGGCAAACGAGCAGGCCGUGCAGUGAGGGCGGGGCGGGGGGGUGCACUGAAAAGAGGAGCGAGGGGGUCUGGGAAGGGUAGGAGGGCUGGAAGAAGGGCUGGAAGUGGUGUUGUUUGUAAGGUAGAAUAUGGGGGGGGGAUAAGGGUAUUGGGGAGUAAGUGGAUGUAUACCUGUGAUCUUUGAUCUGGCUAAACUAUUACUCCUGUCAAAUCACAUGCAAUAAAUGGACAUGAACUCACAAGAUAUAUUAACCCCCCUCCUCAGCACAUGCGUGCAUGUUUAGAUUGCCACAAACAGGACACUUGAACACAUUUCUGAUUGACACAUUGGCCUAGUUGCAGGCAGUCUUACAGGACAAACCAGUGUAAGGUAGGGCUUAUAACACACCUUACAUUUUAUUUAAAGUGAUUUCAGGGGAAGGGUGGCUUAAUGUGUAUUUGUGUUUAUUUGGACAUGGGGGCCUAAAAAAUUUGAACCCCCUCUUGCAGAAUGCAGUUAUGUUACUGUGUGUUACCUUAGUGAAUAUUAAUAUUAUUUAGGAUUGUCAUGAUUUUACAGGGAAUACAACAGGGGGAGAGGGGAGUAUGUAAGUUUGUUCUGUGUUACAAGAGAAAACGUGCAUGGAAUCUUAAUAAAAAUACAGAUACAAACUGGAUGCUAGAACUUCAGUGUACACUUGAACACAGAAGAUGUCACAAAGAUCUUGCACCAGAAAGCAGCCCUUUCAGUGUCAACCUGGAACUUUUUUUCCUUUUAAAGUGUUUGAUUCUUGUUAGGUCUGUGUUCUCCGUUGGUAUCCCACCUUGGUCCUGGAGUUCCUUUGUGUCUACUGGUUUUUUAUCUGUUUUGAUGCUCUCUCACUCAUAGUUGAAGUAAUUAUUUCUGUAAUUUAAGCUUUUUUUUCCUUAAUAAUGAAUUUAAUAAUUUAGUUCUCAGUUUGGUGUUUUGGGUGACUUGCGCAAGUCUGUAGAAUUUGCAUUUGUCUUGUGCUAUAACUAAAGUCACUGCAGACAGCUGCUCUUUUGCAUUUGAGAAUUCUGAAAUCUCUGAGAAUGAGAAAGUGAAAGACUAAAUGACUGCAUGGAACUCCAACUCCAGGUUGGUAGACCAACAGCGUACUGCGCCGACAGCAGGUUCUUUGUUGCACGUUUGGCACUGACUGACAUGGACACGGCUUCGAUUGGCCUUUGGGAUGCUCCCCUAUGUGUUCUGCCGUGUGGUGGAAACGCCUCAUGACAUAAAGCUCUCUCAAAAAAAACAAUACAUGUAACUAUUUGAGUUGAAUAAAGAUGAUCGCUUUUGUUUUUCA